AUGUCUAAGAUAGUGGUGUAUAGGCUCUGUAUAGGUCUCAGAAUGGUAGAUGGUGAUGGCUCCCGUAUGUGGCCAGCAGAUCUGCCUACCAUUCAGGAGGCCUUAAGACGAGGCUCUAGUAGCUUCUUUGCUGAGCAUGCUUCCCACAGUGACGGCAGUAAAUGGGAGAAUGCUCUAUCGGCAAUGGCUCGGAGGAGGGCUUCCUUGCACCUCCCAUUAAAGUUAUCUGAUUACGAACAACAUAUCUCGGGCGGGUAUGGUAUUGACGAUACUGCCCAUCCAGGCGCUGUGGGACCUCACAGCCUACCUCAUACUGCUACAACGCCUCUACUGCAUGAGGAUACUGCAGCCAUACACCAUGCUGAGGGUGGAUCGUCUGAGCAUCGUUGCAUUGAUGGAGGAACACGCAAUUUUGUGAAAUACAACCUUGAUACGGAGGAAUGGGUUAUUGAUCCUCAUGCCUCACAAGAGGCUACACCCUAUCAUGCUAAGGGAAGAACCGGUCAUAGGAAGGAAUGGGAAGCUGAGCUACCUACAUGGUUGAGCGUACUGUUCGAUGUGGUCUUCGUCUUAUUGGCUCGUAUACUUAUGAUAGCUCAGCCGUUGGCAGAGGGGAGUGGUAUCCCAGAGAUGAAGUGUGAGCUUGGCGGGGCAAGCCAUCUACUUGGUUUCUUCCGUCCUAGUGUACUAUUAGCCAAAUCGAUAGGCUUGAUACUAGUUAUAUCUGCGGGCCUACCAGUAGGAGCUGAAGGCCCCAUGGUACACAUAGCUGCUUGCAUUGGCUCCUCUCUAUUGAGGCAACCCUUCUUUGCUACUGUACGGCAAAUACCUAACACCAGAAGACAAGUCCUAUCAGCAGCCGUUGCUACUGGUGUUGCCGCGAUCUUUCGGGCUCCUAUCGGUGGUGUUCUCUUUGCAUUAGAAGUGACCUCUAACCAUUUCUUCAUCAAUACGUAUUGGAUAUGCCUGGUAGCAUCGGUUGUUGGGUCAUUCGUAUUUGUAUGUGUGAAGACCUCUCCUCUCCUUGGUCUGAGGCCCUUCAUGUUCAGUGACCUCACCUUCUCCAAUCACGAGUCCCCACUACGGGCUAUAGGAUUCGCUUCCUAUGGGGUCAUCCUAGGUCUUCUUGGUGGCUACUUUAUCAAAGCAUUUGCCCAUACUGGCCGUCUUCUAGCUCAUCUUCAGACCAUCUGGACGAGCCAUUUUGGCCGGAAACAUCAUCAUAUUGCACCAGGAAGAGGACUAAGGCAGGCUCAGAGAGGUCCCUCUGAUCGUCAGUGGAUAGAGGAUGCUGGUGCCUCUGCUAUGGCCGCGGCUUCUACUACUGCGGAUCGUCGAGGAAGUCUCGCUACCCCGAAUGGCGACCCUAGCUUUGUGAGGCCCGAUGCUGUGAGUGUAUAUCGAAGACGAGAGUCGAUAGUGGCAGUGCAUGGCCAUGAUGAUGAGGCUGCUGCUGCUACUGCUGUCAGUGGCCGAUACACCACAUCAGCGUCAUCGUCACGGAGGGAGAAUAUACGUCUUGGCACUGGGGGAACACUUCUACCACUCUGUGUUGCUACGGUUGCUGGAGUCCUUGUUUCGGGACAGAUCUCGCCUAGCAUAUUUGACGUUAUACUACUACGGAAGAACCUUCCAGGCCGCCCAGCACUAACCAAAAUGCGGAGGUACACCAGUAGACUAAUCGUCGUUAUAAUGAUGAUGAUGAUCCUCUUGAACAGAGGGAUGCUGCCUGUAUGUGCGGUGAUGACCCCUUCCAAGGAUAUCCCUAAGAUACAGGAUGAGGCAUGGAGGCAUCCGGGGAGUAUAGACCCUGAUACACUCGAUUGUCACCUUCCCAAGAUUCCAGUACUCUUGUCAACUGAUAGCGGCCGUGCUAUACUCGUCGCAGCAGCCCCUGUUGAAGAAUUAUUGGAACACUGUGGGGAGAUGUCCCCCAGCGAUGAAGCCGAUGCACUAUGUGAUAUGCUACCAUGGUUGGACGUAUCUCCAAUGACAUGCCCACCAGACGCUAGUGUACUACAGAUCUAUGGCAGAAUGGAGUACAACUCGGAACAGAUUUGUUUUGUGACUUUCCGAGGUGAACUCCUCGGUGCAGUGACUGCCGAAGAUUUAUUGUACAGAGAUCCUGUAGUCCCUAUCCCAACAACCCCUCCAUCUCAUGAUAGUGGGAGUUGGAGGACUAUCAGCAGGCUGCACGAUCAUCACUUGCCAACUAAUUUUGAUGAUAAUCCUGAACCAUUAUAG